CAGGCUGACAAGUUGGAAGGGAAAAUAACAAGAGCCUUGUUGGAAAAGACAUUUUGUUUUCUUUCAUUUUGAUUAUUGUGACAAUUAAUUAAUUACUUUUCAUUUUAUUUUUUCUUUUCUCUUUGUUACAUUCUUAAACUAUGUUAAAAGGUAAGAGAGGAAGAGGAGCUCGAACAGCUCCUACUCGAGGAAGCACCAGAAAUAAAAAGACUAAAGAUGUUCAACCAAUUCAACGGGAAAUUGAAGAAAAUAAAAAGUCUCUGAUUGAAGAGAAAAAAAUGGAAACGAUAGUUGAACCUGUUUCAAUUGGUAGAAGUAAAUUUUUUGAAUCUCGAGAGCAAACACAAAUUCAUGCACCAAUCUCUGCACCUUCACCUCCACCACCAUCACCACCUAAACCAGAACGAAUGGAAACAAGUUCAACCAUUGCAUAUCAUAGUAAUAGUGAUACUGAAGAAGAAUCUGGGGAUGAAAGUACGAAUUACUAUGAUGCAGUUGAUGUUGUGGCACAAGAAACUGAAAACAGAGAGAUCAGAGAAGAAUGUCACAAAUUUUUUUCUAGUCUAGAUUUUAUCAUGGAACCAGAUAUUAUUAGUCAAUUGAAAAGAUAUUUCCAAGCCGGUGGUAGUCCAGAAGAGGUUGUGACCCUUUUAUCUGGAAAUUACCAUGGAAUAGCUCAAACAGUGAACCUUUUAGCCGAAUGGUUGAUUAUGACUGGUAUGAAAAUAGCAGAAGUUCAGUCACUAGUUGAAGAUCAUCUUAAACAAAUGAUUAUGAAACGAUUCGAUCCCAAAAAAGCUGAUUCCAUUUUCGCCGAUGAGGCCAUCAAAACACCUAUUUGGUUGACGGAGAUGAUCGAACAUCCAACAUGGCGUUCACUUAUUUAUCGUUUAGCCGAAGAUUAUCCCGACUGUCUUAUGCUGACUUUUACCAUUAAAUUGAUCUCAGACGCCGGUUUUCAGGGUGAAAUCACAAGUAUAUCAACAGCUUCACAGCAAUUGGAAGUGUUUGCCCGGAUUUUGAAGACAUCAGUAAACAAUUUCCUCGACGGAAGUGAAGAUUAUAUGAAAAAACAUAUCGAUGAAUUUACUAAGAUGGUUUGUCACAGUGAACACACUUUUCUCUACAGUUGUGCCAUUUUGCAUGUUUUAUCUCAAGAAAACAAAGGAGGUACAAUAAUCAAAAGACUUUUACAAGAAGUGACCCAAAGAGCAUCUAAAGAUGGACACAAUGCAACCCCAGUUCUUGUUGCCUUAAAUGGAGCUUGGGCUCACCUCAGAGUAACACAAGCUUUGGCAGCCAUGUUAAGUAAAAACAAUCUUAAUCCAGCUGAUAUAACUGUAUUAGCCAAAGCAUAUCAGGCACCUGAUCCACCGCCGGUUGAUCUUCUUCGUAUACCACAGUUUCUUGAUCUCCUUUUGACCAUCAUAUUUAGACCAACAUCGAAAAUAAAUCCUGAACACAAGCCUAAAUACAUUUAUCUAUUAGCUUAUGCAACAAGUGUUCACGAGACAUGGAAAAAAAGUGUUCGUAAGAAUAUUAACCGGGAAGAAUUAAAGGCCACCAAUCAAGCAAUCGAAAAAGUGAACAUAAUUAGUAACGAAAAGAAAGGAUCGUCCGAAUUACUUCCAGAACUCAAUACACUUUAUCAAUGUAUUAGAUUUCCUGUUGUCGCUCUUGGUAUCAUUGAAUGGGUAAAGUACUUGGUCAGUGAUCGAAGUUAUUUUCAGUUGUCCACCGAACACACACCUUUACACUUGGCUCUUCUUGAUGAAGUUGCCACUUGUCACAACACAUUACACAACAAAGUAUUAGAUCUUUUGAUUCAUCUCUUUGAAUCUCCACAUGACGAGUUAGAUGUUUUGGUUCAAUUGGAGGUGAAAAAGAUGCUCAUCGACCGUAUGGUUCACGUUUUAAGUCGAGGUUGUGUUGUACCUGUUGUAAAUUAUAUGAAAUCUUUAUGGCAGAAACAGGCUGCUGAUGUAUCUCUCAUACGAUAUUUUGUCACCGAAGUUCUUGAUGUAAUUAGUCCUCCAUAUACUCCAGACUUUGUUCAAAUAUUUUUACCACUGGUUGAAAAUGAAGAGAUUACCGGUAACAUGAGGAAAGAACAUGAAAGUACUUUGGUCUCACAAUUUAUCACCGAAACAGGAGGAACAUGAUGAAAUCCUCUUUCCAACCAAAAUAUUCAAUUUAGCAAAAGUGUCUUUUAAUCAACUGUAUCAAAUCUCAUCCCGGUGCAAUUCAUCAAAAAAAAAAAUCAUCGAAAAUCGUGACUCAAGAACAUAAACAAAACUCAUCCUGAGAAAAUUCAUUGUUCUUGAGGAUCGAAAGGUUUCCUGAAUUUGGAUUGAAUAAAGAUCCUGGGUACCGAUA